UAAACAAAAAGGGAAAGAUGAUGAAAUAUCUCAAAAAAUCUCUCAGAAUCUAAAAGAUAACGAAGAAGUGGUGAAAACUAUGAUGGAAAACAUUAAAAAAGAGUUAGAAGGACAAAAGGAAAAAAACCAAGAAUUGAAAGAAAAAAUUGCUCUUUCUCUCGACAAAAAUGAAUCAUUAAUAAAAUUGCGUUUAGAACAUUUAAGUAUCGAGAUGAAAAAUAACAUAACUCAGCCUUUAAAAAAGAUUAACAAUGUUCUCUUACAUCCCCGCGAACGAGGAAAAAUGGGAAAUUUACAAUUGGAUCAAUUGUUGUCUUUAUACUUGCCAAAAGACCGCAAGGUUUAUCAGAUAGAGUUCGCUCUUAAAAAGAAAAGAUCUAAUGGAGAAGGUUUGCGUGUUGACGCUAUCGUCUUUGGCGUGGAUGGAAAAAAUAGUUUAGCGAUAGACAGUAAAUUUCCUCUCGAAAAUUACCUAAUGUUAAACAAAGAGGGAAUUUCGAAUGAAGAAAAAAAAGAAAUAGAAAAAAAUUUCAAGAAUAAUCUCAAAGAACAUAGUGAACUACCCACCACUUAUAGAA